UCAACUUCCCCUAUUUCCCUCUGUUUGCUGCAGUUAGAAGCAUUUAAGCUUUUAAAAAAACAAACAAACAAACUUUGCCAUAUUUCUCUUUCUUUUAUUCUCUCUUUCCUUUGCUUUUGGGUUUUGGGGUUUGUUUUUUUAAAACAUUUUUGUGUUUGAUCUGCUUAAAAAUAAUUGUAAUUUUGAAUUUUGGGUGGUUCUUGAAAUUGUGAAAAAUGGAGAGAGACUUUAUGGGAUUGAAUAUUAAAGAUUCUCUACUUGUUGUUAAGGAAGAACCUGUUGAAAGCUGCAAAGAAACUGGGUUUCGCUGGAACUUGUCGAGCAAGGUAGGUGGACCCCAUUUCAUAUCUUUGAACUCUUCUCAAGAUGAAAAACCCUUCAAAGCUGGUGAAAUCCAGAAUGUGCAUGCAAUGCUUCCGUUUAACAUGAGCAAUCCCUCCUACAAGACUCAUUUUGGUGGUGCUGCCCAGAAUUCUGCAGCUGCGACGAUGAACCAGCAGCUUCUUGCUGGGAUUCCCGUUACAGCUCCUCAUUCAAUACUUCCAUCCCGUGGCUCUGUGGCUGGGACUACUGAUUGGUUUAAUUCCAAAGGAUCUGCAGCACCUGCUCAACUGACCAUCUUCUAUGGUGGGACGGUCAAUGUCUUCGAUGAUAUUUCUCCUGAAAAGGCACAGGCUAUUAUGUUUUUGGCUGGAAGUGGUUGCCCUCCUAAUGUGGUGCAACCAAGGUUUCAACUUCAGGCAUCUGCACCCAAACCUGCUGCUGCAGAUGGCGCUUGUGUGAACCAAGCUCCAAAUAUGCUGCCUGCCUCGGGUCUUUCCAGCCCUAUGUCCGUUUCUUCCCAUCCCAUUGGCCAAUCUGAUGGCAGUUCUGGAAACAAAGAUGACAUGAAGAUAUCUAAAACUGCAAACACUUCAGUGGAGACUCCAAAGGUUGUGACAUCACUAGGACCUGUUGGGACGACUACCAUAAUGACAGCAGCGGUUCCACAGGCUAGGAAAGCAUCUCUUGCUCGGUUUCUGGAGAAGCGGAAGGAAAGGGUGAUGAACUUAGCACCAUAUAGCCUCAACAAGAAAUCACCCGAGUGCUCUACCCCGGAGUCCAACGGAGUUGGUUUCUCUGCAACUUCCAGUGUCGCUACUAGUCCUCUGUUACCCGGUAAGGAGAUCUAGCUAUGAUCUCCGAAGGCUGUUUAACGCCGUAAAUCAGUGAAGCAUAAUCUAUUUUAUUCAGCAAGUUAUAAGCUGUGUAGCUAUCAAGUUUUGUUGUUUUAAUUGUAAUGUCAACUUGAUUUAUCUCUAGCCAAAGACUUCCUAGUGUCCAAUUUACUUGGUCUUUUGCUCUGUAUUUAAUUCUCUUUCUUCUGAACCUGAUGGAAUCCUCCCAUCCAAAUAACUUCUUCACUUUGUAACUGUUUAUUCUGUUGUUACAUUGUGUUCACAAGUAUAUAUUAAUAUUAUUUAGUCA